UUCAACCUCCUGAAAGUCUCUUGCUUUUCUGAAAGCUGGAAAGCCGAAGCCUAAAUCUAGAUAUAUAUGGGGAGAGUUCCUUGCUGCGAUAAGAACGGUUUAAAGAAAGGUCCGUGGACGCCAGAGGAGGACCAGAAGCUCAUUGAUUAUAUACAGAAGCACGGCCAUGGCACUUGGAGAACCCUCCCGAAGAAUGCAGGUUUAGCACGAUGUGGAAAGAGUUGCAGACUCCGAUGGACGAACUAUCUUCGACCAGAUAUAAAGAGAGGAAGGUUCUCCUUUGAAGAAGAGGAGGCCAUCAUUCAAUUACACAGUGUCUUGGGCAACAAAUGGUCAGAAAUUGCUGCGCGCUUACCUGGAAGAACUGAUAAUGAGAUCAAGAACUACUGGAACACACAUAUUAGAAAGAGACUCCUUCGCUCUGGAAUCGACCCGGUGACACACAGGCCCCGUAUCGAUCUCCUCAACCUCUCCUCUAUUCUCAACACAGUUCUCUUCAACCAACCAGCUCAAAUGAAUACUCAUGAGUUCUUGAGGAUUGCCGUCAAUCUCUUGCAGUCCCAACAGCUUACAUCAUCUUUAGUUUAUAAUCCGGUUCAAUUCAAUUAUGCAAGUCAAUGGCAACAGAACGAAGCAAGCUCUUGCAAUUUAGGUGAAAGUUUGGCGACUCCUGAUAGUAAUGUUUGCUAUACGAACAAUAAUGAGCAACCAAUAUCGAAUUUAUUAUAUGAGGGAUCCACUUCCGAACUUCUUAGUGACAAUAACGUGUACAGCGAUCAUGAUUCGGUUCUAUCGACACCUGUGUCUAGCUUAUCAUUGACGAACAACUCUUCUACAAUCAUCAACAGUAGUGCAGAAGAUGAAAAAGAUACAUAUUGCAGUACCUACUUUGAUUUUCAGAUCUCUGACUUGUUAGAUAUGAUAGUGAGUUCAUAUGAAGGGUAAAAAGCUAAAGAGGAUGGAAAUGAAAAAAAAAAAAAAAGGAAUUCCUAGGAAAUAUUUUUCACCCACCAUUGUUUUUAAUUUUGUUCAUAAUAUGGAUGGUAUGCAAUUGUCUCUUCUUUUUUC